GAGGAAAAAACAAUAAAAAGCAGUUAAUAGAAAAAAUAUUUUAAAAUAUUUUAGUUGGAUGUUGACUCUACCAAAAAUGAAGGCUUGUUCUACAGAGCCUGGUCUUUACUACAAACUAGACACUUUAUGUCCUUGGAUGUUUAUUCUCAAGAAGAUCUGGAUUUAUACAAAGCAAUUUCAGCAGAACAGGGGUUUCUGACCCAAGUAUCUCUUCUCUCUGCUAUGGACGAUGACGGUGUUACACAAGGGUUUAAGUUUGAAGACAUCGUUCAACAGGUUGACAACAAUACUCCUGAAUGCAUAAGAUCUAGCCAGGCCUUCAAGAGGAGAAGAGAACUGCAAAAGAACAAAAAAUGUCAAAUAUUCCUUAAAAUGAAUCAGGUAAAUAAGGCGCAGUUGAUCAGCUUGGAAAAGUCAACCCCGCUAAUCCAGUUUGAAUCUUCUCUCCAAUCCCCUCCUAAUCCCUUCACUGAACCAUCUAGAUCCUCCCCAGACUCAUCCUUUAAUAGUGCUCUUCAUUCAGCCAAUCCUGGAGAUUUCAACGAUACACCUAAACCGGGGUUCUCCACGAAGCAAAGACAAGAUACUCCGUUCUCAUGGAUUGAUAACAGUCUGCCACUUUCCACGGGAAAGGUUAAUCUUAAGAACGCAUUCAGAAAGUCGCUCCGAAAGAGUUUAAGAAAGUCCAAGUCAGCCAAGGCAGCAAUUCGCAAGCGUUCAAUAUACAUGGUUGAGGUUGAUGAUAAAGCUUCUGAAGGAACUGAUGGAACUGAAAAUGAGAAGGUUCAAGUCCAAGCUAAGAUUCAGGGAGAUUGUUGUUGGAUUCUAUUCUCAUCAACCUACUUCCAGGGCAGACGAGAGACGGUAUGUGGCGGUGAGCGUACAAUUUCCAUCCCUGCAGUUAACUCUGUGAAAAAAGUUUAGAAAACGACGACAUUUCAAGUUUCCUGUAAAACACGAACAUUUUUUUGGUGAUCUCUUGUUCUUCCAAACUCAAGUGAUUUUAUUUCAUUUUAUUUUUUCAAACUAGAAUAUUUUUUUUGCUGAAAAAAAGCAAAUUUGUAUUUGGAUAU